AUGGAGUGGCUCCGGCGGUCCUGUCAGCGCCUCUUCGCGACGUCUUAUGCCAAAAGCUCUUAUCACGAAGGCAAAAUUGACCCUUUUGCAAAUGUUCAAUGGAUUGCGAGGCCAUUUAUGAAACGGAAUAUGCCAAAAGACCACAUUUUAGCGAAGCCUCACAGAAGUUUGAAAGCUAUUACCAUGUUGGAUGAGGAAACGCGGAACCACUGGCACGUUCUGGACGCCAAGGGCAAGAGUGUUGGAGGCCUCGCAGCGCAGAUUUCGCGGCUGCUGCAGGGAAAGCACCGCGUGGAUUACUCGCCUUUGAAGGUUUCGGGCGACUCCGUGGUAGUGGUGAAUGCAAUUCACGUCAAGUUCUCGGGACACACUUGGGACACGAAGAUCUACAGAUUCCCCCGAAAGACGCACCCGGGAGGCCCGAAAGUGGUGACAGCAAAAACAAUAAUGGCGCGAAACCCUUCGAUGAUAAUCAACCUCGCCGUCAAACGCAUGCUGCCCAACAACCGCCUCAGACAACUCUUCUACAGGUGGACCAGUGGACCACUGGACCAAUAA